AUGGAAGAUUAUAAAUAUCUCUUCAAAGUGGUAUUAGUUGGAAACGCUGGAGUUGGAAAAACAUGUCUAGUACGUAAAUUUACACAAGGUAUUUUUCCUGCAUGUCAAUCGGCUACAAUAGGUGUUGAUUUUAUGAUUAAAACAGUUAAAGUUGAUGAUGAUAAAAUAAAACUACAAAUAUGGGAUACAGCUGGUCAGGAACGAUUUAGAUCAAUAACUCAAAGUUAUUAUAGAUCAGCUCAUGCAAUUGUUUUGGUAUACGACGUGGCUGUACAACCAAGUUUUGAUUGUUUACCAGAAUGGUUAUCAGAAAUUGAACAAUAUGCUAAUAGAAAAGUUUUAAAAAUAUUAGUUGGUAAUAAAGUUGAUAAAGAAGAUGAAAGGGAAGUGCCUGAACGAAUAGGUGUUCAUUUUGCUGAUGCAAAUGGUUUUGAUUAUUUUUUAGAGACAUCUGCUUUAGAUGCAACAAAUGUUGAUACAUUAUUUCAAGAAGUUGCAACAAGGUUAACAAGAGAAAUGAAAUUGACUGAUGAAAAACUUGUAUACAAAAACGACUAUGAUUCUGGUUCAGUUUCGCUUGUUGAUAAGGCACAAGCUCAAUUAAAUAGUUGUUGUGGUAGAAAUUGA